UACACCGCCUUUACCCUCUUCUUUAGGCGCUUCUCCGGCGGUCGUCUCCUCCGCGCCCAUUCCUCCUCCUUCCUUCCGAUGCAUAGGUAUUGAGAUCGUGGCUCUAAUAAUCAUCGAUAAACUUUGUUUAUCGAUCUGCCUUUUGGUGAUUCCCCGAUCGGCCGGCGAGGGUUUUCUUUUUUCAUCGAGUCCUGGAGACGGCGAAAGAUGCCGCGAGCAUCAGCUCGUGAUUCCCGUGAGCGCACCCGUGAGAAUGCCUCAUCGGCUGCUCCUUGGCCUGCGUAGCCCGUGCCUCUCAGAUAUUUCCCCCGCCGACCCCCUUCCUUUGCUUGAUCGUAUCAGCCACUGUCGAGUGGCGUCUGGUGACCUGUAUCCGGAGGAGUUUCGGACAGGCCUCGAUGAGGAUCGACGACCCUUACUCCGCCCCCAGGGCGGUGGCGGCUUGAUGCCGACGCCGGAGAUGCUUGGCGACCAGGACCUAAGAGUGCUCCUUCCGCUGCAGCGGUUGCCCAGCGUUGGAGGAAGCAGCAGCUUUGUCGGGAGCGUGUUCACGGUGGAUGGGAACGUUCUUUCGGGGACGACGGCUACCUUGGAGGGGACGGACAGCCUGUUGGAGGUGGUGGAAGGGUGCAGGGAUGCGCUUAGGGAGCGGAAUUGGGCGCAGAGGGCGCGGGAGAGCUACUAUCUGCAGUCGUCCCUCGCGGCAAGGCUCACCUCGCAAGCGUUCUUGGCCGGCCAGCCGCUCCUCUUGCCUGAGAACUUUCAGGAGACUUGCAGUGAAUCGUCCGACUCGGAGACAGUGUCGUAUCGCCUCUGGGUCAAUGGUUGCUUGUCAUAUUCAGAUAAGAUAACAGAUGGAUUCUAUAACAUUUUGGGAAUGGAUCCCCACUUAUGGGCAAUGUGCAAUGAACCAGAGGUUGGACGAAGGUUACCCACAUUGAUGGCGCUAAACACAGUUGAUCCAAAUGAUUCUUCGAUGGAAGCCAUCCUUGUUGAUAAAUAUGCUGACCCUAAUCUUUCACAGCUUGAAGAUAGAGCUUUGGAAUAUUCCUGUGCAUUGGGAUUUACUUUAGAGCUUGUCGAGAAGCUUGCUAAACUUGUUUCUGAUUUUAUGGGGGGUGCAUUCAAAACAGAGCGAGGAAAUCUUUAUCGAUUGUGGAAAUCAUAUAGCAAAGAACUUAGGAAACGGAAAGGAUGUGUUGUCAUUCCCAUUGGUAACCUGUCUGUAGGACUCUGUAGGCAUCGGGCUAUUCUUUUCAAGGAAUUGGCUGAUUACAUACGCAUCCCAUGUCGUAUAGCUCAUGGUUGUAAAUACUGUUCUUCUGCACUUCCAUCUUCCUGUUUGGUGAAAGUUGAGGAUGCCAAAAAGUCGCUUAGGGAGUAUGUGGUAGAUUUAGUUGGGGAACCAGGAAAAGUAUGUAAACCAGAUUCAUCAAUUAAUGGGCAUUUGCUUUCAUCACUGCCCUCCCCGUUCCAAGUUCCACAUCUGCAUGGUUUCAAGAACUCAUAUACUGAGAUGGCUUGGAAUCAGAUAUUCAAUGAAGAGCAAACAGGAGUCAGUAAUGCUGCUUCAAACAUAUCUAUACAAGAAAUUUAUGCUACAGAUGGACAAAGAGAUUUUAGAGGAGCUCAUAUUGAAGAUAUAAGUCAUAUGACUAUGAAAAACUAUUAUGUCCCUUCUGAAAUGGAAGCCUCCAAACAAUUCAAUUUGAAGGUAACUGAUAGCAUGGCUGAGAAAACGGGGAAUUCUACGAUAGCACGCAGAUAUCUGAAUCUGGAGCCUUCACUUGCUAUGGAUUGGCUUGAGAUAUCAUGGGAUGAGUUGGACAUUAAGGAGCAGAUUGGGGCUGGUUCGUUUGGAACUGUCUUUCGUGCUGAAUGGCAUGGAUCGGAUGUUGCAGUGAAGGUUCUUGCAGAUCAAGAUUUUCACAAUGAUCAAUUGAAGGAGUUUCUCAGGGAGGUUGCCAUAAUGAAAAGAGUCCGCCAUCCUAAUGUUGUACUUUUCAUGGGAGCUGUCACAAAGCAUCCACAUUUAUCAAUUGUUACAGAGUAUUUGCCAAGGGGUUCCCUGUACCGUCUUAUACAUAAAGCAGCUCCAGGAGAAAUUUUGGACAGGAGGCGUCGGUUGCGAAUUGCACUUGAUGUGGCCAAAGGUAUCAACUAUCUUCAUUGUCUAAAUCCACCAAUUGUCCAUUGGGAUCUAAAGUCUCCUAAUCUUUUGGUAGACAAGAAUUGGUCAGUGAAGGUUUGUGAUUUUGGAUUAUCGCGAUUCAAGGCAAACACUUUCAUAUCAUCAAAAUCUGUUGCAGGCACACUAUCCCCGUCAGGAACACGCUUUGAAAUUUCAGAAAAUUUUAAUCAGAAUAAGUUGAAUUGGAUUGGGAUGGAGAAGGACCGAUGUGUUCAUUGUCUAUAAAUGGAAACCCUAUGGGAGAUUGAAAUAGAAGCUAGGAGAACCAGAAGAUUUGAAGAAAUUGCAUAAAGAUAUGUAAAUUUUGCUGGAAGUUGGAUGCAAUGUAAUGAAUUCAGUUAGAUCAAGCUGACUUUAUCAAAAAAUGAAAACAGUCAUCUAGCCAACUUCUCAUUUUCACCAUUUCCAGCUUGGAUCCUACAGAACACCCUCUAGCCAAAGACAAUUGAAGAAGAGAAGAGAAGGGAUAUUGAAGUGGUGGAGGAGAUAUAGCUGGUAUCGUUACUGCUAUUGUUUGAUUGUUGGAAUUUUUAUGGUCUCAAAUGUUCUUACAAGACAUCCCAUCUUACUGUAAAUGUGAUGUUCAUGAAAGAUAAAAAGAAGGAUUUAUGGUGUAGUUGGUGUAAGGGACAUUGAAGUGGUGGAGAAGAUGUAGCUGGUAUCGUUACUGCUAUUGCUUGAUUGUUGGAAUUUUUAUGGUCUCAAAUGUUUUUACAAGACGUCCCAUCUUAUUACAGUAAAGGCCAUGUUUGUGAAAGAUAGGAAGCAGGAUUUAGGUUGUAGUUGGUUUAACCACGACAUACUCUUGUUUGUGAGAAAGGCAAAGGAUGGGAUUUAGGACUGAACAAAAUACAUAAACUACAAAAUAUAUUAUUGGUUUGUCACAGUUUACUCACAUGGUUUCUAGUUACAAAGUAAUGAUUUCAACAGCACUUUGUCCACUUAUGACUGUCAGUUCGUUGGCAGAAAACCUACCUAGGAUCUUCAACUGGGUCAUGCCAGAUUCGACAUGUUCUUUGGCUUUGUAUUUUGGUUUAAGUACACUGAGAAAACACAUCAUCUAGAGCAAUCCCUUUUUCAUAAUUCAUCCUACGAUUUCAGUUGGCACGAUGGUUUUUGUCAUUUUAUAGCCUGAAUGGAUGGCGCCAGAGUUUCUCCGAGGAGAACCAUCAAAU